GAUAUUCAUUGGCAAAAUCAAAGAUGGCGGCCAACUUGGACAGAAUUCAGCAACAAAUGCAAACGGAAUUGGAAAAGUUCAAGUCCGUCCAAAAAGGUAAUUCUUAUAAAAAUGUGAGAAGAGAAACUAGCAACUUAUUCGUACUGUAUGGAUGUCAGGGAUUUGUUUUCUCAGAUAAAAAUUGCCCUAGGGAAAAUGGAUGUGAUUGUUGUAUUAAAAAAAUAGGGGAGCUUAAGGGUGAAGUACCUAUGCUUAAAAAAAUACUCUAUACAGAUAUUUACAAAGAUGAGUACGAACUUAUAGUCUUGCCAAUUGGCUAGUACCAUUUAGUUAAGCUUUCAAAUACUUCAUGGUUAAAAAUAAUGGUAAUCUGUAAUAGGCCAUGUAACAGUUACAGAUGGAAGCAAGGCUGAAGUUGACCUUGUUUUGAUACAAACCUUCCUACUUUAUCAUGUACAUCAAGUUUUUCUUGUUAACUAGUACUUUUUGAGGACAAUUUCCAUAACAAAGCAAAAGGGGUUUGUAUCAAAAAACAGUCAACCUCAGCCUCACAUUCGCUCAAAGCCUAGGGUCAGGGCUGUCACUUAGAUUUCAAGUUGCCGGGUAAUCAAACACGUGGGGAAUCAAACAGCUAGGGAUUUCUUUUGGUUCUAUUUUUCUUCUAUUUUCCUAUGAAAGUAGCUGGGGGCCACAUUGUUAGUAGCCGGAGGAAAUUCCGGACCUCGCAUCUUAAUGACAGUCCUUCAAGGGUGCUCAGCCCACAACUGUAAAAUGGUCUGUUUCCAGACUUAAUAAUCAUAUGCAUUCCGUUUCAUCUUCAGACAUACAGAAACUAGUCGGUGCCAGACAGCAGUUAGAAGCCCAGUUAAAUGAAAAUAAAGUUGUACAGGAGGUAAAGUAUAACUGCCUACCCCUCCUUCCCUUAACCCAAAGAUUACACUAUCUUCUCACUUAGGACAAAAUGGUGGCUUAAGGGAAGAGUAGUUGGGUGGUUUUCCUUCUCUCAUACUGAUCUGUUUUCCUUAAAUUCUUUGUAGAUAAUGAAUAUUGUUCCCUGAAGGCUGGUUAGAUAAUAUACACCCCUAGUCAAAAGUGUUGGGAAGAUAGUACCUUUCAUUUCUCUGGAAACUCCCCUCUUAUUUUGUUAUUAUACUUACCUUAGCUCCCUGAAUAUGCAUUUGGCUGUGAUAUUCUCACAGAUAAUGUGGUGUGAUGUUGUGGACUAGAGGACAACAAAACGUGCCCUCUUUCCAUUAACAUGUCAACAGUAAGCCUGGACGUCAGCACACAUGGACACCAUGGGCAGUUGCUAUCAGUCCAUUUAUGAGCUUACUGUAACCCACAAAUAGCCCAUGACAUGAAUGAUGUUUGAAAGGUAGACCACAUCACUGGGACAACUUCCCCUACUCUUUUGGAACAGAAGUGGGGGUUCCUUUACUUCCCCUUCGAUUUGACUAAUGACAGAAGGAUGAAGGGGACAAGCCCAGUGGCUUAACGUCACCACCCAAUGAUGCAAUCAUCUAAACUCACAGCUAGCCUGACCUCACCAGUGUUUUUAUAGAUCCUGGUUGUUGGUCCGGCUGGAGUUUGAACCCACGACAUUCCACUCGGCAGACUGGUGCUCUUCUAACUGAGCUAAUCAGGGGGUGGUGGAGGUAGGGGUGGAGUGAAAGGGGCUACACAGAAGGUUAAAAAGUUGUUGUCACUACAAAAGGAAUGUUGAUAAGUUAGCAUGAAGUACAUUAUGUAGAUGUGCGGGUAAUUUUAUUAACUAAAUGUGUCUUUGAUAACUUUAAUAAUCGGCAUUAAGGAGCCUCAAAGUUGCAUGUUACUGUAAAUCCACUAUUAAGCCCCCUCUUCUCUUCCCUUUUCAGGGAAGCAUGGCUUGAAAUUGCAACUCACUGGUGUGGUCGUUAAUGUGACUAAACAUUGAGGAUUGGCAACUACAUUUUAAGACCUGGUUACCAAUUGGCAAGCCACCUUAUGUUUGAACAAUAAGUUAACCCCUUAACCUGUGUCUCUAAUCAUAUACAGUGUAGCAACUCGUUUCCCGCAGGUGGUAAAACAAAGUAGCACUCUGUGUUGUCCUACAGUUUAGGGAACUUACUGAACAAAUAAUUGAUCGAAACAUUGCCAUUCAGGAAGACAAAGUUCACAAUAAGACAGAGAAGUGAAGUUUAUCUUUUAUGGACAAUGCAUGGAGACCUCUCCUUGGUGAAUGAGGAUUUCAGUCUGAUCAAAAGACUUUCACGGAUUUUACGAGUAUUUCAGAUAAUGAAAAAAUUGGGUCCUCCGUCAGUGUACUAGUUUUUUCUUGUUACAUAACUGCCACACUGCCUUGAAGUCAUAAACUGGCCAAUAUUUUUCCUCUAGUCACCAGAUGGCACCUGAAUGAAAAGGUUAAUUUCAAGCCCUGGGAAGAAAGUUAUUAAGUCCCUCCCCUCCCCUCCUCCUUAUUAUUAAUCACUGAUAAAUGAUAGCCUGUUUUAAUCAAUUACGACUUUCAGGAGUCUAUUGCGACUGUAAAACUUUGUGUGGACUCAGAUCCAGGAAUAUAUAUCUUAUUCACCAGCUUGGAGUUCUGAUUUGUUUUUGAUCCUCAGUGGCAUGACCUCCAACUUCUUAUACUUGAGCUUUUCCACUUUGCAUUGCUAGUUCUUUUUGGAGAACUGAUAUCAUCUUCUUUGCUAAAUUGACUAAGCUCCCCUCUCAAAUAAGCCCCCUGUCUCUAUUAACAUGUGUAGGAAUUUUAGUAAGCAAAACAAGACCUUGAUGAUAUUAAAGAUGAAAAUUUCAUCUUUAAUAUGAAUGAUUACUGGAACUUCAACUACUAACAUAUUGAUUUUAAUUAAUUUUAUUUUUGUUUGUAGGAGCUAGAUGUAAUAGAAGCAGAUGGCAAUGUUUAUAAGCUCAUAGGACCUGUUCUUGUGAAACAAGAUUUGGAGGAAGCUAAACAAACUGUGGCAAAACGAAUUGAGUACAUCACUGCAGAAAUGUAAGGAGUAGACAAAUGUCAUUGUUGCAGUGUUCAUUUAAAACAAUAAAAAUUCAUCAUUCAAGAUUAAAGGGGCUAUGUCACGAGGAUACUACUGUUUUAGGUCAAUUCUGUGCUGAAGUCAUUACGUACUUUAGUGCCUUUACCCAUACACAAAAUGCUGCAGAAGGGUUAUGAAGAAGAUAUAACACAACUUUCAUCAGGGAGAACUAUUUAAUUUUGUCGAUGAUUUUUACAGACGUAGUAUUUGAACCAACUUUUUCAUGAGUUUCAGCAAUCAGUGUCUGUCCUUACCAUCCAUCGCAACAGAUGACAGAAAUCAGUUUCAAUGCCUAAAUAUAGCCUUAAAUAAAAAACUGGACCAGUGAUGUGAAGACAAGUUUUAACUUUUAUAAGAGAUAGCAAAUAGCAUGACAUGGCCCAUUUAAACUUGGCUCUGUCUUGGAGCUACCUGUAUGUUCCUUACAAUUGUGGGGUCUUUUUCAAUGAGUAAUAAUUCAGCUAGUGAUGACUUGGCAGUUUAAGGUUGCAGCUUAGUGGUUUAGGGUGUCACCUUGAAUGUUUGAGCCUCCUACAGAAAUUCCUGAGACUGUAAAGAGCUACAUUUUAACAUUGCAUUUAACAUUCAAUAAAAAAAUUAGGGUUUACUGUCUUGUUUCUCAGUUAAAGUGUUAUUUUGUUGUGGUUUCAUUGAGCCUUUCUAUUUGUUGUUUAUUUCUUGAGCCUUUUUUUAUUGUUCUAUUAAGCCUUUUUACGUACAAUAAAAACAAAUUUGGUACAGUUGAUCUGUUGAUGCUGAAUUCCUAAAAAUUCUGGAAGCUGUCACAAGCCACCUGAAGCAUUUAUGUGUGUAUGUAUGUAUUUAUUUAUUGAUUUAGGUGACGCUAACAGUGUGUCCAGCCAUUUCUGAGGCCAGUUUUUAAGAGCCUUUUCUUUCCUUCCCUUGUUUUUGUACCUUUUAGAAAAAGAAACGAUACCGGCAUACAGGAAGCUGAAAAGAAGCGUAAUGGAUGUCAGGAGAUCCUUAGCAAGCUACAGCAACAAUAUCAACAGUUCCUGACCAAGGCUGCUGCAAAAGCAUAA